AUGACGCAGUUGUCCUGUGCUGACGCUCAAACACCAUCGAUUAUACAACUCGCCAGUAUCGUACAAUGCGCGGAACAAUUUCAACUGAGCGAGAUCCUCGCCGAGAACUUUGGCGUGCCAUUGGAGGCGGCGCGCGCGACCUGCGGCAACUAUUUGCGGGCGUUCCGCAAGUGCCCCGACAACCCAAGCAAAUCUCUGGAUGCAUGGCGGCAUUUAUUAUGGAAGCAAGCGCUGGGAGAUCAAUACAGUUCGCUGGCAGGUGAAAUUUAUUUAAAAUGGCUGCAGUUAAGGUAUUACUACCUUGCGCUUACCCCCGACGUGGUUACUCUUCUCGACCGGUUGCACUCGCAGUAUAUGUUGGGCCUCAUCACCAAUGGCCCAUCAGCAGCGCAAUGGGAAAAGAUCGAACGUCUAAAUUUAAAAUCUUUCUUUGAUAUUAUCCUCGUCUCUGGAGAUUUACCAUGGGAGAAACCACAACAACAGAUAUUUCACGAAGCAUGCGAAUACCUUGGAGUAGAACCUCGACAAUGUUUAAUGGUGGGUGAUAAACUCGAAACGGACAUCCUUGGCGGUAUACAUGCGAAAUUAGGCGCAACAGUUUGGAUACCCCUGUCUAGUGAUGAUCAAAUAAACGAUUUUGGUCCGGAUUACACAAUUGAAAAAGUGACGGAUUUGCCUAGUUUACUUCCGAAGAACACCGGCAAGUUGGGCAAUUUCAGGCGUCCGAAGAACGGCUUCAGUCGCCUGAAUCAUAAUUUGGAUCUGGAUGAUUGCAACAGCAACAGUAGCGAUGGCAGUUAG